AUGGAAGAAGAACAGGAAUGGAUCAUGCACUACAGCCGCUCUCAUAAGAUGUUACUCGUUGGAGAAGGUGAUUUCUCUUUCUCUGCAUGUUUGGCCAGGGCAUUUGGUUCCGCUAAGAACAUGGUCUCUACGUCCCUUGAUUGCAGAAAAACCGUAAUGGUCAAGCACCCAACAGCAAAGGCAAACUUGGAGGAAUUGAAGAAACUGGGCUGCACCAUUCUCCAUGAAGUAGACUGUCACACCAUGAACAAACACUCUUUUCUCAAAGCUACGACAUUUGAUCGAAUAAUCUUCAAUUUUCCCCAUGCGGGCUUUUAUUACCUAUGGGAACAUGAGCAAGCCCAAAUCAAAUGUCUUCCCAGGCUUCACCAGAAUGUAGUGCAAGGCUUCUUUAGGAGUGCACGUGACAUGCUUACAACCAAUGGUGAAGUUCACGUGACUCACAAGACAAGUCACCCUUUCAGUAAGUGGGAGGUGGAGAAACUAGCCAAAGAAGCUGGACUAUGUUUGGCUAAAGAAGUAGAGUUCAAAAUCCAGGAUUAUCCGGGUUAUCACAACAAGAGAGGAGAUGGAAAUAGAAGCAAUGAGUCUUUCCCUGUGGGAAUGUGCAGCACUUUCAAGUUCAUACUGUCAAUCCAUACUAUACCUGCAUGUACAUCUUUAGAUGCAGUUGCAUGUUUGUGGUUGGACCGGUAUGAUCCAAUUUGGAAACCCAGAUCGUGA